GCCUACUGUCCAAGAUAAAGUUCAACAAGAAAUACUGCAACGACUUAUUAGCACGUUGAAGUCACUUGAUAUUGCAAGACCUAAAAGCUAUAAGAGAAAGAAAAAGAAGACAGAAGAUUCAAAGAAAGAUAGUGUUUUGCCAAGGGAUGAGGAAAGACAAGCCAUCAGAAAGCAGCUCCUGCUUGGUGUGAAUCAGGUAACCAGAGGCUUGGAGAAAGAUGAGGUACGAUUGGUUAUCGUGUGUCGAUCUGCCAAACCUGUCAUCAUAACACAGCAUCUGAUUGGUUUAGCCAGCUUGAGGAGAUGUCCAGCUAUCUGUAUCAAUGAUCUCAACAAGGCUGUGGGUGAGGCCAUGAACAUAACAUCUGCUGUGGCUGUUGGAUUCAAGAAAAUUUCCAAAGAUGCAGAUCCAAGUGUAUUUGAUGACCUGGUGGAAUUCACUACUAAACAUACCCCUGAAAUAACACUGGCCUGGCUUCCUGAAAGUUCGAGGGACACUUUAAAAAUGGAGACCCGUUUGGAGGAAAUGGAUACCACUACAAAGGACGAGAGUCGAAACACUCUCCAUGUUGAAGAUACCUCUGAUCAUUCAGUGAAGAACGAAAGUACAGAUUCAUCAUGUAUUAAAAAUAGUGACAGAGACAUUAGGACUGAUUCGGCUGAUCCUGAUAUUGGGGGAAAGUUCUUUAAAGAUUCCUCCCACAAUGUUAGGUCACACAUAAAGCCAGCAGAUCAAACUAAAAUGGACUACUCACAUUUCUAUGUGUAUAAAUCAUUAGCCACAAACAAAGAAAAGAAAUGGCCAGAGUUUCUCCGGUUCUCCAGUGAACCGGAAGUGUCUGUGGAGUAUAAAAACAUGACAGUUCAGGAAAGUUUAAAAAAUCCACAACAAUAUUCUGUAAAAUAUGAAAAGGUAUCAGUACAAAGGAUUCCUGCAAAUCCUGAUAGAAAGAAAAGAAAACGGAAAUUAAAAAUGUAGGGAAUGGAAUUAACAUUAAAAGCUUAAAUAAAACUGGAAUAUGUACUUAA